CGCGGCCGCCUGAGCGCGCUGGGUGCGGGGACUGGGCUCGGCUGCUUCCCACUUCGCGGCGGACGAUCGGUCUUGGACACGCCGCCUGAGAGACAAUCUGAAAAUUGCAGAGAAGGAUUUUUAAGACCUCUUCUGACUUGCCAAGCUUGCCUUCAAUCUGAAAACCAAAGACUGCCUGACUGGAGGGAACUGACUCCCUGUUGGAGAAAUGGCAAUGUCAUCCCAUCACGUGAUCACCAUGUUUGCCCUGAUGAGUUCCUGGGUUACUGCAGGUCCAGAGCCCAGCACCCAGUGUGAACUGUCACCGAUCAAUGCCUCUCAUCCUGUCCAGGCCUUGAUGGAGAGCUUCACCGUUCUGUCUGGCUGUGCCAGCAGAGGCACAGUUGGGCUGCCACAGGAGGUUCAUGUCCUAAACCUCCGCACUGCAGACCAGGGAGCUGGCCAGCAGCAGAGGGAGGUUACGCUGCACCUGAACCCCAUCUCCUCAGUGCACAUUCACCACAAGCCUGUUGUGUUCCUGCUCAACUCCCCACAGCCCCUGGUCUGGCAUCUGAAGACAGAGAGACUUGCCAACGGUGUCCCCCGACUUUUCUUGGUGCCGGAGGGGUCUAUGGUCCAGUUUUCAUCGGAAAACUUCUCCUCGACAGCGGAAACGAGAGAGAGGAGUUUCCCUCAUGGAAAUGAGCAUCUGCUAAACUGGGCCCGGAAGGAGUAUGGAGCAGUGACAUCGUUCACCGAACUCAAGAUAUCGAGAAACAUCUAUGUUAAAGUGGGGGAAGAUCAAGUGUUCCCUCCCACGUGCAGCAUAGGGAAGAAUUUUAUUUCGCUCAAUUACCUUGCCGGGUACCGUCAACCCACACCUGCCGAAGGUUGCGUCCUAUCCAGUCAGCCCCAGGAGAAGGAAGUACACAUUAUUGAGUUAAUCACCCCUAACUCCAACCCUUACAGCGCCUUCCAGGUGGAUAUAGUCAUUGACAUACGACCUGCUCAAGAGCAUCCUAAGGUGGUCAAAGACCUCAUCCUGAUCUUGAACUGCAAAAAGAAUGUCAACUGGGUGGUCAAAUCCUUUGACGUCAAGGGAAACCUGAAAGUUAUUGCUCCCAACAGUGUUGGCUUUGGAAAAGAGGGUGAAACAUCCAUGACAGUGACCAAAUUGAAAAGAGAUGAUAUCCCUUCCACCCAAGAGAAUCUGAUGCAGUGGGCAUUGGACAAUGGCUACAGUCCAGUGACGUCAUACACAAUGGCGCCUGCAGCUAAUAGAUUUCAUCUUCGUCUUGAGAACAAUGAGGAGAUGAGAGACCAGGAAGUCUACACCACUCCUCCAGAGCUUCAGAUCUUGCUGGGCCCUGGCCUCAUGCCUAGCCUGGAUAACCCACCCGUCUGGGGAGGGGGGGACCAAAAUGGAGGUCUCCUCUUUCCUUUCCCGGAUAUCCCCAGGAGAGGCUGGAAGGAGGGAGAAGACAGGAUUCCCCGUCCAAAGGAUCCUGUCAUUCCCAGCGUUCCACUGUUUCCUGACCACAGAGAGCCAGAGGAGGUACAAGGGAGUGUGGAUGUCGCUGUGUCGGUCAAGUGUGACAGUGACAAGAUGACUGUAGCUGUGGACAAAGAUUCCUUCCAGACCAACAGCUACUCAGGGAUGGAGCUCACCCUGUUGGAUCCUACAUGCAAAGCCAAGAUGAAUGGCACCCACUUUGUUUUGGAGUCUCCCCUGAAUGGCUGUGGCACUCGACACCGGCGGUCAGCCCCUGAUGGUGUGGUUUACUAUAACUCUAUUGUGAUACAGGUUCCAUCCCCUGAGGACAGCAGUGGCUGGUCAGAUGGCUUGGAGGACUUGGAGUCAGGUGACAAUGGAUUUCCAGGAGACACAGAUGAAGAAAUCACCCCACUGAGCAGAGCUGGAAUUGUGGUGUUUAACUGCAGCUUGAGGCAGCUGAGGAAUCCUAGUGGCUUACAGGACCCACUCGAUGGAAAUAUCACCUUCAACAUGGAGCUGUAUAACACAGACCUCUUUCUGGUGCCUUCCCCUGGGGUCUUCUCCGUGGCAGAGAAUGGACAUGUUUAUGUUGAGGUAUCUGUCACCAAGGCUGACCAAGAACUGGGAUUUGCCAUCCAGACCUGCUUUGUCUCUCCAUAUUCAAACCCGGACAGGAUGUCCGAUUACACCAUCAUCGAGAACAUCUGUCCCAAAGAUGAGUCUGUGAGGUUCUACAGCCCCAGGAAAGUGCACUUUCCCCUCUCACACGCUGAGGUGGACAGGAAACGCUUCAGCUUUGUCUUCAAGUCCAUUUUCAACACCUCCCUGCUCUUUCUGCAAUGUGAGCUGACACUGUGCACCAGGAAGAAGAGCCCCCAGAAGCUGCCAAAGUGUGUGACGCCUGACGAGGCCUGUACCUCUCUAGAUGCCACCAUGAUUUGGACCAUGAUGCAGCAUAAGAAGACAUUUACCAAGCCCCUGGCUGUGGUCCACCAGGCAGAUUAUAAAGAAAAUGUUCCAAACACUAAGGAGUCCAAUCCAGUUCCUCCCCCUCCACAGAUUUUCCAUGGGCUGGACACGCUAACCGUGAUGGGCAUUGCGUUUGCAGCGUUUGUGAUUGGAGCACUCCUGACUGGGGCCUUGUGGUACAUCUAUUCCCACACAGGGGAGACAGCACGAAGGCAGCAAGUCCCCACCUCGCCACCAGCCUCAGAAAACAGCAGCGCAGCCCACAGCAUCGGGAGUACUCAGAGCACUCCCUGUUCGAGCAGCAGCACAGCCUAGCCAGAGACAGAUGCCCACCCCUGCCGCCAGGGCCGGGGCAGUACUAGUGCUGCGUGUCCAGACUUGGAAGGCUUGAUCUGGGUUCCCUGUAGAGAGAGAGUGAAGUUCAAGAGUACAGACACAGCCUGCUGUACCCACCCCCUCAUCCCGGCCAAUGUAAAUGUGACCCCUGGACAUCUGUCACACACAAAGCUAAGCUGGUGGCCUUCUCCUCCAGCCCCUCACAGGAUAGGGGUUUCAAUGUGAAACAUGCCAGUUAUUUUUUUUUAAUGCUGCUUUGUCCAGGUGUCCAAACAUCCAUCAUACGGGGUGGUAAGUUUUACUCAGAGUAACGGGGAUAGUAAAAGGAUACGACAGCUGGAGAGUAGAACCAGGGAGACAUAGCCAAAGAUUCUCUUCUAACUGAACCAAGAUGUAAAGUAGAAGAAAUGUACCCUCCAUAACCAAUCUGCAUCUCUCUCUGGGUGCCCACUUCUGACCUACCACACCCACUUGGUCCCCUUUAGCUUGCUAGCCUUGGUGGGGGGAAUACACCUUGUCACUCAUCAAGGCAACAUUCCUUUAAUUGGGCCAAAAUGAAUGCUGAUUCCUGUUCCUCCACACCAUGCCAAUUCCAUAAGUGUCUUAAGGUCAAAUUUGUCUGUUCUCAUAGGCAUACAGAAACAGAAAAUGGUUUUGUGCCCGUUUCUGACAUUUUAUCCUGAUAACAUUUAAACUUGGGGUGGGGGAAGGGUAAGCGAAGGAAUUUGCAAGGUGGUGUGUGUGCACAAGUCUGUAACAUCGCACAUCGGAGAUAUGAUCACACCCUCCUGAAAAAUGUUCUAUGCUUCCAGAGUCAGAAUGUGGCUUAUAUGUGGUAGACUAUAUGAACUCAACAUAUCAGCCUUUCUGAUGAGCCUUUUAUAAAAAAGCCAAACCCUUCCAGGAGGCAGCUCCUUAGGAAUGGGCCCCAGCUCAUCUAAUGAUGUCACCAGUUCUUCCCUGAGGAGGGAGAGAAAAGGGAGAAGGGCCAUUCCCGUUAAAGAAUCUCACAGAAGGGUUUCAGGAGAAUGUCCUUUGGCAAAGUAAUAGGUUGCCACCCUAACAAAACUCAGUGACUGCUCUUUGGUGAAACUGAACCCCAGAGGGGACUCUCUAUGCCAGAUCCCCUGCAAAUCAAGUAGCAUUGCUUUUCCAGAAUCCCCUCCUCCCUCUCCCCCCAAACAACUUAAGAUUCUAUAAGCAGAACAAGCUAGAUUCUAGCCUGAAAUUCUCACAAGCAAACUCCACUGCCUUUAAAGUUAGGCUGUUUUGUGCCUAAGCUUCAUGAUUGAAAAACCUCAGUGGGAAGUGUUGCUGGUAGAAACAGUCUCUUAGUCACUGCGCCCUAGUCUAAAUUGGAUGGGUGGCAGGCACAGCUUUUAUUCAGUAGGGAUAAUCUGAACCAAAGCAGAUUCCUUCAGGGCCAAUAGCUUCAGACUGAUGCAUUGAUACAUUGAAAAUAAUUUCAGAUUUGCAUUGAUACAUUGAAAAUACUUCAGAUUUGCAUUGAUACAUUGAAAAUAUUUUAGAUUUCCACAUGUAGGGACAAAAUGGUGUAAGACUAGAGAAAUUUUUCUUCAGUUUAUUGUUUUAUAACAUGAAGUUGUCAUUGUGGAGGACCUAGAUAUUUCUACGCUACCUGUGUUUAAAAACAAUGCGCUUUGCCUAACCUUCAGCAGAAUGUAAUUGUUAAGUAUAUUCUAUGUAUAAAGAAAGAUGUUUAAAGAUGUCUUCAAAGAAGACGAGAGUCUUUAAAUCACUUAUAGCUAUAUUUUACUACAAAAAGUCUGUAUAAAGAUAUAUUUAAAUGUUUUAGAGAAAUUUAAGUUACCCCACGUGAAAUGUUUUUUUCAGUUAAUUUCAGUUACUGUGAAUUCUUCUAAUCAGUUACUUUAAAAACAAAAACAAAAACAAAACCUUUUCCAUCUUGUUAGAAAAUUAGCUAUGGGAAGGUAUUAAAAAGAUUCAUUUCUUAGAUGGACAGAGUUAAAGAUUUUUGUAAUAUAUUUAAAUGUAUAUUUUUGAGAGAAAUAGUACAUUGCCAAUGAUUUUAUGAUCUUAAAUUAACUUACAAAUUUAUAAGCUGCAAACUAAAAGAUUUUUAGAAGGAGAAAGAAAAGAAAAAAAUUGCUCUUUAUUUCCUUAGAUGUCUAAUACUCAGCUCAAGAAACCCAAUCAGUAUUGGGGAAUGAAUGUUCCAAAGUAUAAAAAGCCAGGGUCUCCCCUGUCUCUUGUUACGGCAUUUCUGACCGCUUUGCCCUUCACAGACUUAAUACAAAGUACAAGCUUUACUUUCAUAACAUAUUCUGCAAGUUUCCUAAGACUGGCUGAAUCCAGUUUCACCUACAAAGUCUUGUGUUGUUUCUGGGGGCCACACAGUGACCAGAGGCCACACUCAAGUCAGAGGUGGCUGUCGGCAAUGCUCUACUGUAGCAUUUCAUGUUGUGGUGUUCCCCAGCUGUUAAUGUUGUGUUUUCAAAGGCUGGAGAUUUUCUUCUGCCUGAGCUGGUCAUGUAUCAGUUUUUUCCUAAACACAAAAUGGUGUCUUGCUCGUCUGGUAAUGAGAUUGUAAAUCCUGUUUCCUGUGUGUGUUCUCGGCAGGUGUGCCUGAGUGUGUGGGGUGCACAGGCGUGCGCCCUUCUUUUUGUACUGUAACUACCUCAUGGUUUGAAUGAUAAGUGUACUGCUGGUUGUAUUAACAGAGCACAUUUUGUCGGGUGAGUUGUGUAUGCAAACUUUUUUUUAACCGUUUGUUUUAUCUGGGGGUUCAUUCAUAAAACUGACAGAUAUUUUUCUAGGAAGGACUGUUAUCAGUUUCCAAAUACAAUACUCCUCUAUUCUGGUUUUUUCUGAAUGAGCCUGAUUUCAUUACUAUUUUUCAUCUAUGAGGGUCAGAGCGUACCCUGAAAAAAUCCCUGUGGCCAGUUUGAACACCCCUGCUGUAACCUGUCCUGUUUGUGAGUCAGCAACUUUGUGAACCUGCUUAGAUUUAUAGUUUUGAUAACCACAAUUUUAAUUCUUUUAUCUGUGCAUAAUAAAAAGAUAUAUAUCAAUUAUCAA